AUGGUCGCUUCGUUCCUAUCCAUUGAUGUCUGCUUCUUUUUAAUGGAGAUUGCUUCAUUUCUGAAGCUUUUGAGUGAAACUGAUGGUUUUGGAUUUGGGAUUUUCGUCUUUGGUUGCUCCUCUCAGUUUUUCAAUCUCGUCUUUCUCUGUUGUUUGCUUCUUUUGGGACUAAAGUUUCUAUUUUUCAAAGGCACUUCAUUGUUUUUGCAGUAUUUAGAGAAGAUCUAUCGAAUUUCUUCGAAGAUUGAGUGUUUCAAUGCCUUCGAUCGAGAACAUAAGGAUUGCAACAACAAUGGGUUCAUUUCAAAAUCUAAUUUGGUUGAUGGAUUGGAUCAGAAGAAACCCAUCAUUUUACACUGGAGUUCUGAUUCUACUAAUGGAUUGAGCUGUGAUCACAUCAAGAACAGAGACAGUACUGUGGCAUUAUCGGAGACAGAGCUCGACGAGAAGAAUUAUUAUGGCGAAGAAGAGGAAAGCGAGGACGAAGAAGAAUCACGGCCUCGGAGUGAUGAAGACCAAGUGUUCGACGUAAUUACUCUGAGAAAAAUGGUGAAGAGAGAGAGGAAACGUGGAGAUUGUAUGAAGAAAGAGCUGGAGAAGGAGAGAAGAGCAGCUGAAUCAGCUGCUGAAGAAGCCAUGGCUAUGCUUCUGAAGCUACGGAUGGAGAAAAGCGUUGUGGAUAUGGAGGCAAAGCAAUACAAGAGAGUCGCGGAACAGAAGCAAGUGUAUGAUCAACAAGUGAUUCAAUCAUUACAGUGGAUGUUAAUGAAGCCUGAUGACGAAGACAAGAUUCAAGACUAAAACUCUUUGAUCCUCUGUUUCUUCUAUUUAGUCCUCUGUUUCUAUUUAUUAUAUGCAUAUAAAAUAAACAAAAUUAAAUAUG